GUCUUUUAUACACAAGAGGAGAGUUCUCUUACCUUUCUCCUUUACUAAUUUAAUACCCCGUUGAACCCCCCGCGAGGAAAGCAAAGGAGUGCCAUUUACAUGCCCGUCCGAAGAUAUGUAGAGACUAGUCUAGAGUCGCCCCAGCCUGCUGAGGCUCCAUUUAAGGGAAUUUUAAAAAGUGAUGGAUUGAAAGCUUCCCGAAAUCAGAACAAGAGUACAAAAAUCGCUUAGCGCUUACGAUGUGGACAAAGCGAGAGAAGUUUGAAGAUGUAGUGUCAGACUCGUAUUAAAUUAAGGCCUCCGAACUACAAGAUAGGAGAGAGCAUAUUUAAAUAAUUGGUGAGAGUGACAGACUGAUUGUCUCUCACAAGCAUACUCUGGCGUAUCAAAGCGACACCGAGGCUUAAUCUGGUGACAAGAUAGGUAGAGACCUAUAGUCUGCUUUUCUUAGUAAAAUGGUGUUCUGAUAACCAGUUAUUCAUUAUAAAUAUGUCAAACAGCUUUAACUUAAACAGUUGCAAAAGCAUAAGAUGUUAACAUUAGACUUUUCGGGAUCAACUAAUAAUAAAACAGAUCGUUUGACCGUGUGACAAUACAACGAAACACAGAAAAAGAUAGCCAUAUUCAGAAAAAAAAAGACGAAAAUUUCAGGCGGUCAGGUGGACGAUAUUUUGUAAAUUGAAUAACAGCAGACUGGCAUACUAUACUGUUUCACGCAUGUUUCACGAGGGAGAGUCUCUGGCUCUUGACAGUCCUCAUCAACGAUCGCUGCUUAAUACAGGGUUCCCUGUCUCCUUCGCUCUCAAGAGAGACCGUUCAUCAAUAUUAUUAAAUCGUGUCCCUUACACAAGUAACAAGUUGCUAAAUGUUAAAGCAAAAGGGCCAAUUUGCUGUAAUGUAUGAAACAUUUUGAAUGUACUAUCAGAAAGAUUUAGUCAUUGUUCAUUGGGUUUUUGCGGGAGGCCAAAACUUUUGAUUGUACGAUCAGAAAAAAUAUUAUUAGGGGUCUGACGGAUCCACGUACUUUGGUUAGGUUAUGUUAAGCCCAGUCGACAGUUUACUAACAUUGGCAUAAUCCAACCAAGUAACGCAGAUUCUUCAAUCCUCUGCCUAUGAAUCAAUUUCUCCGAUGGUACAUAAGAAAGAAGACAUUCUGAAGGUGGCAUUAAAGAUGCUCAAUAAACGCCCAUCGAGGAUCAAAACUUACAACUGAUAGAUCGACACAAAACCGACCACGAUGCCCGUCGUGUCGCCCUCGCGGUAUCCGGCGUCGUCGACCGUCACCGGCUCGUCCGGCAUCACCAAGCCCUACCUCUCCAGCACCAGCACCUACAUGACCUCCACGCUGCGCACCAGCUACGGCAACAAGACCACCGAGUACAAGUCCAAGUACAGCGACAUCGAUGGCAAGAAGGAGAGGAAGACCUCCGUGGUGGAGUACUCGCGGAGCUCCCGCGCGCCUAGCGUCACCGACUCCGAUAGCGGCAUCUCCGGCCGCUACCGGUCCGAGCGGAGCGAGUCCAGGUCGCGAGACGUGUCCACGACGAGGAGCGAGAGCAGCCGGACCUCCGACCUCAGCAGGGCGUCCAAAGCUCGGAGUAUCCUGAGCUCGUCGACGCUGGCCAUGACGCCCGCCGAGUUCUACAACAAGUACUCGCCGGCCAACUACACGCCGCUCACCGAGAGGCUGAAGCAGGCGCAGAGCAGCUACGGGGAGAUCGCCCGGUCCAAGUCCAUCUCCAACGACAUCGGCCGACCGCCCGCACCGGACCUUCGCUCGCGGAAGGCCCGGAACUCCGCCGCCACCAUCUCCGAGAGACCGGAGAGCAGAAGAUACAAGGAGAGCUCCCCGUCGGCCGGCUACGGCAAGCGGGGCUCCGUGUCCAACGGGGUCAAGGACCCCAACGGCAACGAGGUCCCCUCCGUCUCCGAGAUACGGAAGAAGUUCGACCCCAAGAUGACGGUCACCAAGCUCCCCGCGAACGAUCUCAAGUAUGGCACCCGGAGCGCCGAGCAGUACCUCAGCCAGCUGAAGGACGUCGGGAACGGCACCUCCGGCUACGCCAAGCCGCACCAGAAGGACGACCGGCCCGUCCCCGUCCACCUGCCCUCCUACGCCGACAAGAACGGAGUCGGCAAGUGGGACCUCGCCUCCUCUGGCUCCCGGUCCGACUCCAACUCCGACCUCUCCAUGAGCAAGACCAUCUCCGAGCCGGUAUCCCUGGCCAAGCCGAGCGCCGAUAAGACUAGCUCGAUGUCCGCGUCCCUCAACUCGAAGUACCCCACCGACCGUCUGGCCAGCAUCAAGAGCCAGCUGGACCCCAACAACCCGAUCGGGAAGAUCCUCGAGAACUCCACCGUCAUUCAGGUGGAGAACGGCGACGUCGACUACUCCGAGCGCCGGAAGCCGCGCGGCAGCCCCGAGGUCAAGACGAAGGACGUAAAGGACAUAAAGAGCGAUAUAGAAAAGCAGGUGAAAACGCCCAAGCACACGACCAACUUCGCGUCGUACAUCCAGAUAUCGCAGCCAGUGGCGUCCGGCGCCUCGCCCAGGCCGAAGGCACCGGAGACCAACGGCGUCGACGAGCCCCGGAGGGAGGCCAGGAAGACCAUCGAGUACAUAGACUCGGAGGAGGAUCGCUCCGUGCUGGACAACGACGUGGAGUCCCCGAGCGGGACCGGCUUCGAGAACAAGACUUUCGAGCACGAGAACUUCCUCAAGAAGAGAAUAGAAAAGAACGACCAGGAGGAGCGGGACGACGGCGUGAAGUCCAUGGAGACCAGCACGGAGAGCACCAUCAGCGAGCCCACCGACCACUCCACCCCGGGCACCCCUUCCACCCCCUCUACCAGGCGGAGAACGCUCGAUCUCAAGGACUAUGACUAUAUCAAAACGGAGCUGGCCGGCGGUAAGAGCGGGCCGAGCGGGCUGCGGCGCAGCAGCGAGCGCAGCGACCCCGAGCCGCGCGGGGACCGAUAUUCCAGCCAAACUAGCGGUCUGAACGGUUUGCGCAACAUCGGCAACACGUGCUUCAUGAACAGCGUGCUGCAGUGUCUGUCCAACACGCGCCCGCUGCUGGAGUACCUGGUGAAUGACGCCUACGCCGCCGACAUCAACACCACACUCUCCUGCAUGAAGGGCGCGCUCAUCAAGGCGUUCGCGAGCGUGACAAAGGAGCUGUGGCGGUCGGGCGAGCGAGACACGGUGGUGAACACCACGGCGCUCAAGUCGCAGGUGCAGCGGUUCGCGCCUCGCUUCAUGGGAUACAGCCAGCAGGACGCGCAGGAGUUCCUGCGGUACCUGCUGGAGGGUCUGCACGAGGACGUGAACCGCGUCACCGUCAAGCCCAAACCCAUACUCACAGAGAUCGACGAGAACCUCAGCGACGCGGCCAAAGCGGCGGAGGCGUGGUCGCGCUACCAGCGCAUGGAGGACUCGCUGGUGGGCGACAUAUUCGUGGGUCAGCUGAAGUCGACGCUGCGCUGCACGCACUGCCGCCACGACUCCGUCACCUUCGACCCGUUCUGGGACCUGUCGUUGCCGGUGCCGUCCCGCAACGGCCCGCUCCGCCUCACGCAGUGCCUGCAGAGCUUCACCAAGGAGGAGGAGCUGGACGGUGACGAGAAACCGACGUGCUCUAAGUGCGGCGUCCGGCGCAAGUGCCUCAAGUGGUUCACCGUGCAGAAGUUCCCGCAGGUGCUCGUGCUGCAUCUCAAGAGGUUCUCGCCGACGGAGCGGUUCCGCGGCAAGCUGUCGGUGGUGGUGGAGUUCCCGUUGACGGGGCUGGACAUGUCGCCGUACGCCGCCAACAACUGCUCGGCCACAUACAACCUGUACGCCGUCAGCAAUCACUCGGGUACGACAUACUCGGGCCACUACACGGCGUACUGCAAGCACCCCUACACCGGCGACUGGCACGAGUACAAUGACUCGCGGGUCAGCCCGAUCAACUCUCGGGACGUGGUCUCGGCGGAGGCGUACGUGCUGUUCUACGAGCUGCAGCGCUCGUAGCGGCGCCCGCGCAGAGGCGGCGGCGGGGCGUGGCGCGCAUCCUCGCAGGAAGUCGUCGUUGCUGUCGUACUCGCCCGCUGACGUGCGCGCGCGCGCCUGUAAACACAUACGCAGAUGUUUGCGAUGUUGAUGUAUGAUAAAAUAUAGAUACACAUACUUAUUGUUUGUACACUAUAUUCGCGACGAUUACUGCAGUGUAAGUAUCAAAAUUGACUAAACGCAUGCCGAAAUUCAUUGAAAAGAUCUUAUGAGAUUAUGCUAUUGGUCAGUUUUGCCACGACACCCAAAACUGUAAUCUCAACGCGAAUACACUGUAGGGAGAUAGCUCCGAGACUGAUAGACCGCUCGAUACGAAGUACGGAGUAAAGUUAAAUUAUGGCUGUUGAAAUUGUAUUCGAAAACCUGCAAUGUUCAAAGCGGCUUCACUCCAGUUGAACGUUGACACCGCAAAUAUUAUGUAAAUUGCAAUGCAGAUAGUGUAGUAUACGUGUGCCGAUGUGAUUUUACCACUGCUUACUGAGAUUCAAGUGCUUGCUAAGGCCUGUUUUACAAUCUUCUGAUAAGUGUUAGCUUGUUUGCAUGUUUUGUCCCCGUUGCUCAACAAAGUAAGCAGCAGCAAAACUUUAAGGUAUUUGUCACUAAACUUGUUAGCGAUUGUGAAACAACCAUCGAGUUUCAGAGUAGUUUUAUUAAUUUAUUUACUUUGUAAACUGGUUUGGAGGAAUUCGGUACGAGGUGGUAAAAUGUCGGACGAGGUGUGUAUUUUUUUAAAUCAAGUAACUACAAUAAAAACUAAUAUUUGUAGCGUUUAAAUAUUUCGUGUUGCUCGCAGUAUGCAGAUUCUAUUCAUCAGUUCUUCGACUACAUCCAACGAAUCCUAAAAUGUAAUCUUAUAGUCGACAUUAAUAAUAAUUUAUUUACAUCUAUAAUGUCUAUAUUUUAUUAUAUAUCUAAGGACCAUAGUGGGUUCGGUCCUACACUAAAAUUAGAUGUAAAGAAUACAAAUUAUGAAGUGGUUCUCUUCCGAUAUUGUUUCUGUCGCAUUACUUUGGAUCUACUAAGGGUACCAAAUCUACUGUCUCGUCCAUUGUAAAGUAAAAGUAAACAUAAUUUUAGGUAUAAGUAGCGAUUCCUAGUUCACUGAAUAUUUUGUCACAUUUUCCUAAUGCCUGAUUCUUGCUGAAAAUGGGCAACUGAUAACCGCCAGCAUUGCCCGCCUUGCCUGUCGGUCCUUACCGAGUGAACUUUUGCGUGACGGUACUCUGGACGUUGCACGGUGGUACAGUCGCAGGCAGCAGUUCGAACAAAGUAGCGGAAAGGAGCCAUAUUGGCAGUGAACCCUAGCUAUAAUAUGCCUUUGGGCGUUCAAACACGUCCGUAGCUUGUUACAGUCGCGAAAUAGUGUUUAUUGUGAGUGCGGUAGAGUCGACGCCGGCCGGACUCGGUCGCGGAUAAUAUCGGUGUGUUCUAGUGAUAUGUCGGUAAUUGUAAUAUCGUUUGUAAAGUAUCUGAAUGCCAUUUACAAUUUAGUGAUCAUAUUUUUGUUUACAUAUUUUUUAAGAGAUUUUAGUGUCGUGCUACUUAGAUAUAAAUAUGGGUAUUGGCCAUUGGGUAUGGUGCAUUAGAAUCAUCACGUCACACGUGGAGUCGGCGACGCCCGACACCCGACGCGCGACCUGUGACGGUAACACUUAUUAUUCAGUAAUAAAUUAUAAUUCGUUACGAUUUAGUUAAUAAAACAAGAUUUACUGCUAUUUAGUAUUUACUGAGUUUUCUCCCGAUAUUCGAUACCCCAUGUGUCUGAGUCCCGCGUCUGAUGUGAGUCGAGCUUUGCGGCGUGAUUGUUUUGUUUUUGUCAUGUUUUUUUUUUAAUAUUUUACGAAUUGUUGACCGUUGUAGCUAGGGUUCUGUACAGCUGUCGGUGUCUCGGCGUAGCCCGGGAGGGUGUUGCGGUCCUAGUCAUGCGUGCGAGUUGUGGUCAAUUGUUUUGUUAUUGUUGAACAUUGAUUGUAUCAAACAGAAUGAUAAAAUCGGUCGUUUGGAUAUACGAUAGGUAAAUAAUCUAGUUCUAAGCAGUUUUUAUGCCUAUUAACUAGUUUGUGUACUAACUUUUGCUUUAAUAUCUUUUGUUAUAUUUUAUGGUUAGAAGCAUUUACUGUUUUACUGUUGUUUUUACUUUUGCCUCGAUAUUAUGUUAUUAUUUGUAUAAAAUUGUAAAAGAUAUCGUGUUAAUUAGGUUUUUUCCUCAAAAUAUUUCAAGAUUUGCUCUGUCGAACAAGAAUUCUAGUUUGCCCUCUGAUAUUGUAAUAGCACAGUUAAGUUAUUAACAACACCCUCUUAGACUACUCAGUGGUUAAAACCAUAUUUCUAGUCUGCUGUUGUUUUUGAGGUCCUCGUAGUAUUAUCGCCAUAUUUUAUAGUUUUAAAGGAACAGGCAACAUUAUGAUGGUUUAAAUUUAGCAAGUAAAUUAAAUAAUGCAAAUGCGUACGCGUACGCAGCCGGGCGUCACCGUGUGUGCGUGCGUGCGUACGUGCGUUAAUGGCUGUACAGAACUCGUAUAUCACAAUUGAAUCUAUUAGCCAAAGAUAUUGCUGAGUUGUUGAUAAAUAUAAUAUUAUUAAUAUAAAAAUAAUUUAUUAUUUUUAACAAUAAUAAUAAUUAUUGUUUUAUUAUGAGGUUCGCGUAACUAUUUAUGUAAUAUACGUAACAGAUUUAUAUAAUAGAAAUAUAUAUUUAAAAGAAUUAAUUAUUAA